AUGAUGUUCGGCCUCAAGAAUGCCGGCACGACCUACCAGAAGGCCAUUCAGAGAUGCCUCCAGGGGCAGAUCGGGCGCAACACCGAGGCCUAUGUCGAUGAUGUCAUCGUCAAGACAAAAUCCAACCCCACCAAGGUCAAUGCAAUUAGGUUCAUGAAGCCACCCAGGAGCAAAAAGGACCUGAUGAAGCUUACAAGGUGCAUGGCUGCCUUGAGUCAGUUCAUAAGCCGACUCGGUGACAGAGGCCUACCCUUCUUUAAACUUCUCCGGAAGUCCGACAAGUUCGAGUGGAACGAAGACGCUUCCAAAGCAUUUCAGGAGCUCAAGGACUUCCUCACCUCCCCACCCGUCCUAACGGUGCCUGAAGAUGGAGAAGUCCUCCUCCUCUACAUUGCCGCUACUACAAGCGUAGUGAGCACUGUCCUUGUCAUCGAACGCGACGAGCCGGGUCGCACCUACAAGCAACUUUUCAAGGCCACUAACAACGCUGCUGAGUAUGAAGCUCUCAUUCACGGUCUCCGGAUCGCUGUUACACUCGGCAUCAAGCGUCUGUUGGCAUACGGCGACUCGAAAGUCAUCAUACAGCAAGUCAAUAAAGACUGGGAGUGCACAAAAGAGAAGAUGGACGCCUACUGUAGGGAGAUCAGAAAGCUCGAAACCAAGUUCUAUGGUUUGGAGUUUCACCACAUCCCCAGGGACGACAACGUGGCGGCUGAUGUCCUGUCCAAGCUCGGAUCCAAGCGGUCCAUCGUACCACCCGGCGUAUUCGUUCAAACACUCAGAAGCCCUAUGGUCAAGUUGGAAGAGGAGCCUCCCACAAAGCCCGAUUUGGUCACGGCCAUAGGACAGGAGGUCCUAACCCUCGACACCGACUGGCGCUCCCCAAUCAUCGAUUUCAUCAAGAACAACAAAAGCUAUACAAAGGGGAAGGAACAUGAGAAGCUUGCUCGCUCCGAGUUCUGGGACUGCUGCCAAGAAAGCUGCAUCGACAUCUACUAUGCCUCCGUGGCACACCCUAGGUGCAAUGGCCAAGUUGAAAGGGCUAACGGCUUGAUCCUCCAGGGGCUCAAAGCUAGAAUUUUUGACCCGAUCGAAAAGUAUGGUGCAAAGUGGCUCCAAGAACUACCCAGAGUAGUUUGGGGACUUCGCGUACAAAGAAGCCGGGCCACCGACUACUCACCAUUCUUCCUGGUGUAUGGUUUUGAAGCAGUCUUGCCAUCAGACAUAGCUUUUGGUGCCCCGCGCAUCCAGAACUACGACGAGAACGAAGCUGAAGCGACUCGAUGCACGGACAUCAACUCGACAGAGGAACACCACCCGAUGGCCUCCAUUCAGCAUGCAAGAUAUGAGCAGCAGCUCCGGCGCUAUCAUGAUCGCAAUGUCGAUAGGCGCGACUUCAAUGUCUGCAACCUGGUUCUACGACGAAUCCAGUCGACCACCGGCGCUCAUAAGCUGUCUUCCCCAUGGGAAGGCCCCUUUGUAGUCAGUGGGAUAGUGGUUCCUAGAACCUACCACCUACAGAAGCCAGACGGUACAGAUGUGGGCAACCCAUGGAACAUCGAACACCUGCGUCGCUUCUAUCCGUAG